AUGGUUUGAAAGGGUUGUCAUGCAAAUAUGCCACAUGGAAUUAAUGAAAUCCUGGAUUGGACUCAUGUUAUCCUGUUUUUGUCGCCGUUUGUGUACAUCUGCAUUUACAAAGAUGGAAAACAAAGACACGGACACAGCGCUCUCUACAGCCUUGGAGGAAAAACUACAGCCUGGCCAGUUUGGCCUGGGUCCUCGGGACCUAUCUGGGGGGCCUGCAGUCCAACCCUACCCACGCUCCCCAAAACUGCUCCGCAAGACAGCACGUCCAUCAGCACCACUCACACAGGAGCAACUGUCUAGACAUCUGGAGGAGCUGAAGGCAGAGGAAGCCAGGACGGAGGCUCACCUUCAGUCCUUAAAGAAACGCAAAACCAACUUGUCUAAAAGUGCCGAGGCGAUGAAGCAGCAGGCGAAGGAACGGUUUGACGUGAUGCGGGCCGCCCUGCAGCGGGACGAGCAGGCGGUUCGGGACUCCUUGGAACUGGACCGGCGAAAGGCCAGCGCCAAGCUGAACCAAGUCCUGAAAGACUGGCAGCAGCACCUGAGCCUGGUCCAGAGGAACAUCACCCAUGCUUUGGCGCAGAAGGAAGGCACAGCCAAAUCAAUGGAUCUGAUAGAAGUGAGUUGCCAUAAGAAACCAGAUGCCGCUGAGGAGAGUAUCAGACUGAAUGAGGAGAGGUUCCAGAACCUUCUCAGGAAACUACAGCAAAUCUCCAGAGACCUGCAGGCUCAGCUACAGAGGAAGACCUUCUUGCUCAAUGCAUCAAAUGUGGUGAUUGACAGAGAGACCAGACAUACACAGAUCGCAGUCACAGGAGAAGGGCGGAGCCUGUGCAUCUCUACUGAGGCAUGCGACCCUCAGCGUCAGUCACACCCCCUGCAGUUUGACCAGGUGUACUGCGCCCUGGCCGCCUCAGCCAUAACCAGCGGGCAGCACUACUGGGAGGUGGAUGUGCGCUGCUGCCCCGCCUGGGCUGUGGGCGUGGCCUAUGGCAGCCUGCACAGGAAGGGGAGGGACAACGGUGCGAAGCUGGGACGCAACAGGAUGUCCUGGUGCGUCGAGCUCAGGGACGGGCGCCUCGUCGCCUGGCACAACGAGGGGCACGUGGUCCCGACGGGCAUCCGCAGGCGUGAGCGGCCGAGCACGGUGGGCGUGCACGUGAACUACGACAAGGGCCAAGUGGCGUUCUACGACGCGGACGGCAUGGAGCUGCUGCAGGAGUUCUCUGCUGUGCUGACGCCCGUGUUCGACCGCGUGCACCACCAGUUCAUCGAGCCCCUCUACCCCGCCGUGCGCUUCCUCCGACCACAGGAGGGGCAUGCCGGGACCAGUCACAUGGAGAUCCCUGACCUCACGGCCUGACUUCAUCAAAAUGACUUCAAUCCUUACACAACAUAAAAGGCAUGCCCCGAUCGGCAACAAGAUGGUAACCUUGUUUAGUAGCUAAAGGUGUAGGUGGCACACUAAAUUGGUAGUUGUAGUUUUAGGCAGCAAGCUACUGUGGAUGUAGUUUUUUUUUUUUUUUAAAGCUGCUGUGUGACUAUUCAGUCGCAUGCGUUAAUGCAUGACUUUUUCCACACAAUGUAAAUAUUAAAUAUCUUUCAGUGGUCUCCAAUCUAAUCCAGGUUUGUUCUCAGGAAAGUAAUGCAAGUAAAAUACUGUAUAACAGGAAUACAUCUGGCAGUAGAAUCAAGCUGAUGUUGGCUGACCGCCACUUCUGCAUAUCACAUAUCACUUAACUUGCAAGUUGGGGCACAUUUUAAAUGAACAAGUACAUCUGAAAACAUCUAAAUUUGCCUGAUGACAACCAGAAGAGUGGAAACAUUGUACAAAUAAAUUACAGGUGCUUAAGUUAAGCAUGCAAACAUUCUUUCAACACAGAUUAUCUCCAAUAGCAUAUUGUGCUGUUAAUGGCUUAAAGCAGCAAUAAGGAAUUCUGUUCCAAAACUAGCACGCUAACUACCUAAAAGGCCAGCAAAAAC